GGGGAAAUGGCUUCUUAUGGAGAGGGGGAGAAGUUGCUGGUCAGCUAAGCGGCGUAAUAAGAAACCGAGGGCGGAACCCGCUUGUAGAAGAAUUAUUACAUAGGCCACCUAAAGAUGGUACGGAGGAUGGAAAAGAGUGGCAUAAUGGAAAGGAUAUUUGACCUCGCCCUGGAGAUCAUCUGCCUUCUGACCGGAGAGAGUUUCCCUGCCGUCAAGAAGUCUGGUGACCGCAUGACAAUCACAGUGCCUCCACUUCACUCCCUGACUCCGGAGAAACACAAGAAGCGAAAGAUUCUAGAAGUCACCAAGAAGAUGAUGGAGCUGCUGACAGGAGAGGUUCCUAUAAGGUGUCAGGAUGUCACUGUCUAUUUCUCCAUGGAGGAGUGGGAGUAUUUAGAAGGACACAAGGAUCUCUACAAGGACGUCAUGAUGGAGAAUCAGGAGAUCCAACGGCACCAGCAGAGUGGAAGCCUGACUGAUUUUAAUGUUAUUGUUAAAGAAGAAGUUGACGAUGAAGUAGAUGAGAACGACGUCACAGGGGAGUCAGAGUUUUCAGAAGGGUGCAAAGAUCUCGACAAGGACGUCAUGAUGGAGAAUCAGCCGCCCCUCACAUCACCGGAUGGAUCCAGUAAUGGGAACCCACCAGAGAAAUGUCCCCGCCCUCUGUAUUCCCGGGAUUCCACACAGGAAGGUCACACCACCCCCCACCAUCAUCAGGUUGGACUUGAUACGAAAGAUGAGCGUAAAGCAGAAGAAGAAGAAGAGACGUAUGCGCUAGGCGAUCGGCCGUCUGCGGAGGAGGAGGUGAUGAUGGUGACAAUUAAAGAAGAGGACUUUUCUUCGGAUUUCGAGACAGCCUUUGGACACAGCGCCAAAACCACCCUGGACCAUUGUCUCUCCUUACCGCCAUAUCGUAAAUUGGAAGAUGGUGGCUUCACACAAGACGAUCAAGCUGAAAACCCCAUCACCCCCAACACGAGACUUCGCAGGGCAGAUGGAUCUCCAGAUUCCUAUAACGCCAAAGACCUGAGCCGCAAAUCUCACACUCGGAAAGUCCAUCCGGGGCGUUACAAUGCCUACAGAAUAGCUAGUCCCUCUAAUCCCGAGGAAGCCUCUCUCGGUCAAACAGACGCCACACUCCACAAGGCCCGAGUUGGAGGCAGUGAGAUGUUUUCCUGUUCCGAAUGCGGCAAAUGCUUCACGUCCAAGUCCACCCUUCGCGGCCACCAGAAGGUCCACACAGGCGAUCGGCCGUUCCCGUGCCUCGUUUGCGGGAAGCGCUUCUUGCGCAGGACUCACCUUAAUGUCCACCAGACCACCCACAUCGGCGACCGGCCAUUCAAGUGCUCCGAGUGCGGCAGAGGCUUUGCCAAGAAGUCCGACCUGCAGACUCAUGAGUUCACCCAUUCGGGGGAGUUUCCCUUCUCCUGCUUUGAGUGCGGGAAAGGCUUCUCCCGGAAGUCCCACCUCCUGAGGCAUCGGAGGUCCCACACAGGGGAGCGCCCUUUCUCUUGCCCAGACUGCGGGAAGUGUUUCGUGGACAGGUCACAGCUCACCGCACACGAGAGGUUUCACACGGGGGAGAAGCCGUAUUCCUGCUCGGAGUGCGGGAAAUGUUUCUCGGGUAAAUCAGGGCUGAAUAAACACUGGAAGGUCCACACUGGAGUGAAGCCGUACGCCUGCAGCCACUGCGGGAAGUGCUUCCGGGGCAAGUCGCAGCUCGUCCAGCACCUGAGGGGGCACGUGGGGGCAAAGCCUUACACGUGCUCCUACUGCGGGAAGAACUAUGCAGUGGAGUCCCAGUUGAUCGCUCACCAAAGGUCUCACACAGGGGAGAAGCCCUUUUCCUGCUCAGUGUGUGGCAAAUGCUUCGGCCACAAGCCGACACUGGUCAACCACAUGAGGAUCCACACGGGAGAGAAACCGCACUCGUGCACGGAGUGCAACAAGUGUUUCUCGCGCCACGCGGACUUGGUGGCACACCGGAGGACACACACGGGCGAGCGGCCCUUCCCUUGUUUGCAGUGUGGGAAAAGGUUCCAGAGAAAGACACAGCUUGUUAAACACAUGCAGCAGCACAAAGAGGCUGAGGGUCCCGGAGGACAGGACGAGGAAUCUGAAAGUGGGCAAACGCCGGAGAGCUCGCAGCAGUGAUAGGAGGCGAUGUGGGCAACGGUUCCACAGCACGUGAAAUUUGGUGAACACCUCAGAGUUCUUGGAACUGCUGUAGAGUCAAAUCCAGAUCUCCAAAUGAUUGGGGGUAUCUAGAGGACGUGAAAUUUGGUGAACACUGGAGAGCUCUUGGAACUACCGUAGAGUCAAACCUGGAUCUCCAAGUGAUUGGGGGCAUCUAGAGGACAUGAAAUUUGGUGAACACCUGAGAGCUCUUGGAACUACCGUAGAGUCAAAUCCAGAUCUCCAAGUGAUUGGGGGCAUCUAGAGGACGCAAAAUUUGGUGAACAAUGGAGAGCUCUUGAAACUUCCAUAUGUUGGUGGCCUUCCAUAUGUCUGGACUCCUCCAAUAGCUCCCUAUGUGAUAGCAGAUAUAUACUGUGACAGGUUCUCUUUAAUGAGACAUCGGGGGUCUAUUAGACCCUUAAUCCUUCCUGAGUUCUUACUAACCAGGAAAGAUUGGUGAACAUCCAUUCACUGGUCUCCUCCCUCUCUACCCAUCAACACCUGCCAUGUAUGUACCGGGUCUGUAGGUGGGAUAGUGAAGCCCAGGAUUCAUGUAGGGAGGGGGAGAAACCACCUUAAGAUUCCUCCUCAUUGGACAUUUCUGGGGGAGGGAGGGGGCACAUGGGGAGGUGGAGGAACCACCUUAAGAUUCCUCCUCAUUGGACAUGUGAACAUCCAUUCACUGGUCUCCUCCCUCUCUACCCAUCAACAUCUGCCAUGUAGGUCCCGGGUCUAUAGGUGGGAUAGUGAAGCCCAGGAUACAUAAAGGGAGGGAUCACAUGGGGUGGUGGAGGAACCACCUUAGGAUUCCUCCUCAUUGGAUAUUUCUGGGGGAGGGAGGGGCCACGUGAGGAGGUGGAGGAGCCACCAUAAUAUUCCUCCUCAUUGGACAUUUCUGAGGGAGGGAGGAAACACAUGGGGAGGUGGAGGAAGCGCCUUAAGAUUCCUCCAGUUGGAUAUUACUGGCAGAGGGAGGGGUUACAUUGGGAAGUGGAGCAACCA